AAAUAAAAUGUCUCGUGUAUUGGCUCCGCCAUAUCAAUUGUUGGAGCUAAAUGUGAUAUCUGCCCAAGACCUUGCCAAGGUUACACGCAAGAUGAAGACCUAUGCGGUUGCCUGGGUGCACCCUGACCGCAAACUUUCAACCAGAGUCGAUACUCCUGGUCACAACAACCCCACCUGGAACGACAAGUUUGUCUUCCGAGUCGACAAUGAUUUUAUCUAUGGUGAGACCUCCGCCAUUAUGAUUGACAUCUAUGCCCUCCAUUGGUUCCGUGAUGUUCAUGUUGGCACCGUUCGCGUCAUUGUCGGAAACCUCAUCCCCCCUGUCCAAUUCCCCCGCCAGCACAAGCAGCAUCACGUUCAUCUUGGCAUGCGCUUCGUUGCCCUUCAGAUACGUCGUCGCUCUGGACGUCCUCAGGGGAUUCUCAACAUUGGAGUGGCGCUUCUUGACUCCACCAAGCGAAGCAUGCCAUUGUACUCCCAAGACGCUUCUGCUGUUGGUUACCACCAUUUGAUGGGCGAGACGGAUAAAAACAAUAAGAAGAAGGACGACGACAAAAGCAGCGACAGCCAGAACCAAUUCUUGCUUCCUUGGAAUCCCAUGCCUGAAUUGAGACGUACGAAGAGCGACAGUAGUUCCAUGAUAGGCUUUGAUGCGGUUCCUAAGAAAACGAUAAAUAAAAAGAAGACCGGUUCAAUGUUGAAUGGCUCAGCUUAUGACAAACCGAAUUCAAAAGCUAGCUCCAUGAUCACCGGCUCUGAUAUUUUUAAUAAAGGCAAGAAUGGCAAGCCCGAUUUAACUUCCAGUGGAUCCACUUACGGUGCAUUGACAAGGGCUAAGUACAGAACAAACGUCUCCGGCGGCAAUAAGGUUAAGGGGAGAAACAAAAAUCCCAGUUCAAGUGACGAUGGUUCCUUAUCGAAAUUUAACCUUGGUAAAUUGCAAUUUGGCGCUCCAAAAAAGAAGAAUUUACAUGGUGGGGGAUCCUUAAUAGCAGAAUCAGAACUGGGUCCAUCAGCGUCGGAGGUGGCCGCAGCAAUGAUGAGGAAAAAGAAUCAUUAUGCAGUAGAAGAUUCGGAGAGCGAGAUAAUGGGUUCAUGGAGCUUGGAAAGUGACAUGGAAGGGCUUCAGUCUAAAUUGGAAAGAUGGCGAACGGAGAUUCCACCUGGAUACGCUCAUAGCGAUUUCUCCAGUUUAUGCAACAGCAGCAUCGUCGGUAAUAGAAGAGUCGUAACUAAGCAUAAUCGAAGAAGCAGCGAAAGCGAUGGAGUAUUUUCAUGCUUCGGUACCAUAUGCGGUGUUGAAUGCUCCAUUGUUUGUGGCGAUCCUGGAGACGGCGAACCCUCCCCGAGGAAAGAAUCCGGGCGGGUGAAACGAAGCUCUUCAGUGGGUAGCUUUAGUUUGCUUUGACUUGACCCGAAUUAUUACGGGUUUUAUAUCUAUUCAUUUUUUGCUAAAAUACACUAGACAUUUUUAUUUAUCAAUACAUUUUACAUUGUUAAUUCUUUUC